AUGUCCAGCGCGUGUUUCUGGUGCGCCGCAGCACUGAUGCUGUGCGCAACCUGCGGACAGGGCGGAUGGAUCAUCAACUCCACGGAGUCAUCGGUCUCUCCCAGGUCCAGGACCAAACGGUACAUCACGCAAAGCGACAUGGUUGCCAUUCUGGACUACCACAACCAAGUGAGAGCCAGCGUCUUUCCACCUGCAGCAAAUAUGGAGUUCAUGGUAUGGGACGAUGGUUUGGCGAGAAUGGCUGAAGCCUGGGCUGCAACCUGUCUUUGGGAGCAUGGCCCUGCUUACUUUCUCAAAUUCUAUGGGCAAAACUUGGCUGUCAGGACAGGAGGUUAUCGUUCAAUCCUGCAGCUGGUCAAGCCCUGGUAUGAUGAGGUAAAGGACUAUGUGUUCCCCUACCCUCGCUUCUGCAACCCCAGCUGCCCAAUGCGCUGCAAUGGGCCCAUGUGUGCGCACUACACCCAGAUGGUGUGGGCCUCCACCACCAGGGUGGGCUGCGCUGUGCACACCUGUUUUAACAUGCUGGUGUGGGGAGUGCUGUGGAGAGAGGCCACCUACCUCGUCUGCAACUACUCACCCAAAGGAAACUGGAUCGGGGAGCCGCCCUACCGUGUUGGAGUUCCUUGUUCGGCCUGCCCACACAGCUAUGGAGGCUCCUGCAGCAACAACAUGUGCUUCCCAACCAUCCAGUCCAACUACAUGUAUUGGUUCAAAUAA